AUGGAGCGUUGUCGUAGUCGUUGCGGUUUCAGUCUUUGCCUUUGCGUUUGCGUUUGCCGGUUUAUCGUUUAGCCCGCGAGAGAGUCUUCAAAGAGUUGUUUUUUUUUGUUGUAGUUGUUGUUGUUGUAGUUGUUGUUGCUUAUGAUUCUGUUGAGGUUGUCGCAAUCGUAGCCGUUUUUAGACAUACAACGUCAGCGUCAGCGUCGCGACUCGACGUUUUGUCGUUGUCAAUUUGGAUUUUGGUUUUAUAUAGUGUGUGUACACAAAAAAACACACUCACUUAUAGAGGUGUGUGUGUGUGAGUGUGAGCAGCCCUGUGUGCGUAUGCGUAUUGCAUAAAAGUCCAAAAUAGUGAGAAGAAAUAACAACACAAAAAUUGUGGCUUCUAUUUAUUUAUUCAAUUUUCACACAAAAAGCAAAUGCUAACUAAUGCUAAAGCUAAAGUUGUGACGUCACAAACGGAAAUUAUAAAUUAAAGAACAAAAGAAGAAAACGUAGAAAAAAAAAAAAAAACAACAACAAUCUCAAGAUGUUAAUCACAUAUUUAGCAAUCUGCACACAAUUUCUAUUGCUAGUCCAAUCAUUGGAAAUUGCUUCAAUUGUCCAUCCUUGCCCCUAUGCAGAUACAGUCAAUAUCACCGAUGGCCUAAGGCAUAAGGAUGGCUCCUACUCGUAUGCUGGUGUAGUGAUACCAACCCAUUUGAUGGCCGAAUACAAUUUCAAAGUGAUCGAUGGCGUUGAAUAUAGGGCACCCAAACAUUUGAGAGGCUGUGUCUGUCAAUUGAAGCCGUGCAUUAGUUUCUGUUGCCCCAACGAUUGGAUUUUCAAUGCGGCCACCUGGAAUUGCACUAGACCCGAUCUAAUACGACCCGUAUCCCAUGUUGAGGUCACUUAUCGGAAUCGUAGUGUCGAUCAAUUAAAGAUUCAAGAGCAUUUUGUUAUACGCACCGAACUGGGGUGUCGCAACAAAUUCGUGGAUAAGAAACAUGAAUCAUUUUGGCAAUGGGAUCUCUAUGAGAAUGGAACUCUAUGGCGUGACGAAAGGCUUUGGAAUACGGAUGAAUAUUGUUUCACACCGUUGGAGCAUAAGCCGAGUGUGUGGGAGUUGACACCAUUGAAUUGUGAACGCUUUCAGCGGGGCUAUCGCGUCUGGAUCUAUGCUAUAUGCAGCAUUAUUGCCAUAUUGAUUAACAUAUUUAUAUUGUCGCUCUUGGGAUCGGUGAGAGAGGCACGUAAGAGUCAUUAUGGACAGCUGAUUAUAUAUUAUUUACUCUCUGUCAUUGUGGGUGACUCUUUAUUGGUUUAUUUGGCUCUCAAAAAUCCCAUGAAUCUAACCCAUGAAGCAUGUCGUAAUAUAGGUUUAUUGGCCUAUUUAUUUAUCAUGUUGUCAUUUUGCUUCUUGGCCUAUUGUAGUUUUGAUUUUCUACAAAAAUUCCAAUUGAAAUCCAUAAGAAAUUGGCUACGUAAAUUAUCAUAUUUCAUAUUGAUUAUCCUGAUCAUAGGUCUACGUUAUUUGGUAGCCUUUGCUCAGGAUUCCAAAAUACCAAAACACUUUAAGCCAGGCAUUGGCGAGGAUUAUUGUUGGUUUGAUGUUCGUCUGUGGGGCAUAUUGAUUUACUAUUAUUGUCCAAUAUUUUUGCUAUUGAUAUUUAGCAUUGUUUGCUGUAUUAGAGCAUAUUUUGCCAUUUAUCAGCUACCCGAAGACACACACUAUAUAUUGGGUACCCAAUUGAAAGUCAUGAAGAUACACUUUUAUGCCUUCUCUGGCUAUCUAAUUGGAGUCUCUGGCGUUUGGUUGCGUGAGAUAAUAGUUUAUAUUAUGGCACGCAUGCGCGAACAUUUCUUUAUCAUUGACUUUUGGAGUGGUAUUUGUAUAUUGGGUCUGGCUAUAGCCGGAUUUAUAUUGCUUUUGGGCCGUAAUAUGCAUGUGAAGACAUGGUGGGCCAUCAAUGUUGAGUCAAGUCAAACCGAUUUGAGUGUUAUAAAUGCUCGGGUAUAUAAAUUCGAUGAGAAGGGAGAUCUUAAAUCACCUGACUCACCCUAUCAGCCAACGGUGACAUCACUUUAAAUGUUUAUUUUCUUCAGGUAAUACUAUUUACGCCUCAUUCUC